UGUGAGGAAGAGAGUUAGCUGCUUGCUCUGUCUGACUGCUCGGUGAGGACUGCAGAGGAAAAAGCAGAAGCUCCUAUAGUUAACUCACUGAACCUCAUCAGUGCUUCUGGCUGGAGAUAUGAUAUGCAGGAGAAUCAGCUGGAAAAAAAGGUGAAAUUUCUUCUCACAGAUGAUACCUGACCAGACAGCUCAUCACUAAAGGGUAGCUGUUUACUGGAGUGAGAGCAAAUAGGAGGAAGCCUGCUGAUUUCACCAGUGACAGACUUCAACCCCCACGUUUUCUCAAUGGAAAACCUCAUCUAUAUCAUCACUGUGCCGCUGUCGACCUCCAUCAUCCUAGCCAACUUGGUCAUCAUCCUGGGUAUCUCCUGCAACCGUCAGCUCCACAACACACCUAACUACUUCUUUCUUAGCCUGCUGGUGGCUGAUAUGUGCACUGGGGUGGCUCUGCCCUUCAUCCCUCUCAUGGGUCUAAACCGGGAGUUGAGUUUUAGCUCCUGCCUAGUGGCUCACAUCUUUCCCAAUUUCCUCUUUUUGGCGUUUUUGUCCAACUUGGUGAUGGUCCACUACGAGCGCUACAUAUGCAUCGUCGACCCUCUCCACUAUAGCUCCUUGUGGAUGCAUCGCAAUUUUUCUUUGGCGCUACUCAUAGUAUGGACACCCCCACUUUUAUUUGCCUCUUUGCCCGCCUUUGGAUGGAAUAACUGGUCAGCACCAGACUGGAACAACUGUUGUGAGAGUACCCAAAAGUUGCUACCGCUUUUGAACUGCUCGUCCAACCUGACAUCCUGCUGCUCCUACCGGCGGGUGUUUCCCAACGCUUUUAUUUACUCAGAGGUGUACGGGCUUGUUUUACCUGCAAUUCUUCUCAUCGCUGGCAUGACUGGACGUGUUUUGUGGAUCACCAGAGGCCAGAUGAAGGACAUAUGCCGCCUCCACAGAGCGGUGGAGCGAGGAAACCAGGCGUCAGACCAGGAACAGAGGAUGAACCUGCGGUAUACCCGCUGCGUGGUGGCGGUGUCCUUGACCUUUUUGGCCUGCUGGGUUCCCUACCUAAUUUACAUGCAUGUCUGUAUAGCAUUUUUAAUAUCUGACACCAAGAGGAGCGCCAUCACUCACAUCGUGUUGUCCUGCACUGGCAUCGGAAGCAUGGCUGUCGUGCCAAUGGUACUUGGCCUGGCUAAUAAGCAGUACACGGAACCGGCUUUCAAACUUGUCCAAAAACUUAGAGACAGGUGGAGGGCACGAGGUUCGGAAGAGACUUCAAUCUGAAAAAAAAAAAAAAAUACUCCUCAAUAUAUUCAUAUUGAUCCUGGUUUCCAGCAAGAACUGGUUUUGGAAAGAGUUUGCGGCAGCUUCUUGUACAGAGAGUGGAAUUACGGUACCAAUAAGAUGAAUUUUUCUUCAUAUUUCCCUCAGUCCAAAACUGCUUAUACCAAAGGCAUCAUGGGAAACUCUUUCAAAUGUCAAAAAGUUAUAUAAUUACCACUAAUAAUUCCCUUACCUGCAGUAGAAAACUAUCACAUCACUAUGAGUUUGCAGAGAAAUAUUUAUCCUCAGAGCAGAGGAAGGUUGACAGCUGGUCAGUAUCCUAUUCUUACUCCCACUCAGUCCAUUAUAUUUGACUGCAACCGCAAAACAAAUAUAGGAGUUCUAAAAAAAGCUUUAGAACUAAAGGACAUUUACAUUUCCUCAAACAGAGCAGUGCAUGUUUAUGGAAAAUAAAGGGGAAGCAGAUUUUUAUUGGUAAGAUAAAGGACUAAAAAAAAAUUAACUAAACCCCUUAUACCAUUUAUUGUCAUUCUGUUUUGCAAAUAUCAUGCAGACGUCUGAAAACAUUUUAAAUAGCCGUUAAAACGGCAGUUGGGUUUAUACUAAUUUGCAUUGUUCAGUUUUCUGUUAUUUUUGAAGAGAAACUCUGAGGAGUCACGAGUCAAGGGCCUUUCAACUCUUUGUAAUCAUCUUCUAAGGUUGAUGGUUUGUGUGGCUGGCUGUUAGCUUUCUUCAACUCUGAGGUUAUCAGAGGUGGUUCUUGAACGAAUGCUGCCACAGGUAAGUGCCUCUUUAUGCUACCGAAAGCACCACUAAUCACACAGCAAAAAAAACUUGCUCAGCAGAAAUUACAUAUUCAAUAUAUACAAAAAUAUAUAUAUUGAAAAAUCUCACAUUGGGUAAUUAUUAAUUAAUUUAGAUUGAUAGACAGAUGAAUUAUUUAUCUAUAUUCCAGAUAAAUCUUUGAUAUUUCAAAAAUCUAAUUUAGGAAUGCACAUUAUUCCAUGCAUUUUACCUUAAAAACUCAAUAUUGGACAUGAGCCAUCCCAACCAUAUAACUCACUGAUAUAAAAAGCAUUCUUUUGCAACAAAGAGCAGGAUUAUGCCUGCACCUGUGGACCCAGCUAAUGCAGGAGAUGCUCAAGUUAAAAUGUGAGUGAUGUGUUUUCAGAAGCAGAUAACCAAACUGGUAUUUGCUGUGAUGCAAAGGUCGGGAGGGAGAAAACCAAAUAGUCAGUGUAAAUAGGUCUAGAUAGAUAAAAUAUCAGUGUAAUUUAUCAAAUAGUUGAUUUGUAAACUAUCAGCAUUAGGGCUGAAACAAUUAAUCGGAUUAAUCAUGAUUAAUUGAUUAUUGAAAUAAUCAUCAACUUGUCGAUUAAUUGUUAAAUGGGGUAAAGAGACCCUAAAACAUGUAAACAUUAUGCAAAUAUUUAAACAUUUUGCAUUUAAUGUUCUUCUGUCAAUACUCUUUAUCCUGAAUGCCUCAAGUUCAAAGUCUCCUUUCUCCUAAUCUAAAAAAUAAUCGACAGAUUAAUCGAUUUGCAAAAUAAUCCUUAGUUGCAGCCCAAUAUCAUGUAUCUCUAA